AUGUUGCGGGACAAGGCACCAGGCACGUUCGUCGUGCGCGACUCGAACAGCUUCCCUGGUGCGUUCGGACUCGCACUGAAAGUCGCCACUCCACCACCAGGAGUCGCCCCAGGUGAUGGCACAGAACUCGUUCGACACUUCCUCAUCGAACCGUCACCGAAGGGUGUGAAGCUGAAGGGCUGUAAUAACGAGCCAGUAUUCGGAUCGUUAUCAGCUCUCGUUUAUCAACAUUCGAUAACUCCGCUAGCAUUACCAACAAAGUUGCUACUACCGGAGUAUGAUCCGGCUACGACACCGGAACACGUGUCGGCCACCCAAGCGCUUCUGGAGCAGGGUGCAGCUUGCAAUGUUGCAUACAUUGGAAGUGUGGAUUGUGAAUCGUUGACGGGCAGCGAAUGUGUUCGUCGUGCAGUAGCAAUAACGGUAGAAGAUGCUCAAAGAAAUGUCACACGACCGGUCUCCGUGCAUUUCAAGCCGUCGUCAAUGGAAAACGCCUGCCAUGUAUUCUCCGAAUUCGAGCCUGAACAACCAGCGACGGCCGUCGUGAACUUCAUCAAUAAAGUCCUAUUCGCCAGCAGGCGUUCAUGA